AUGGUGGAAGAUGGCUCAUGGCCAGGAGAUGUCUCCAGCAUGCUCCGUUCUAGCUUGAGUUUAAAGUGUGCAGUUCAGGGCGAGAGGCCCACCAUCAUGCAGACCCAGUGGACCAGCCAGACCGUCCGCAUGAGGUACAUCGACUUGUUUUUUGUAUCGCUCUACUCGGUCACAGGCUUUGGCCUCCAGGGAGAGAACACCAUCGUCUUGGCAGAAGUUGCAGGUUAUGUUCGCUCGCACGGCAAGCCAUACGUCAUCGCAGGUGACUGGGACAUGGAGAUUGACGAGGUCGCCGAGAGCGGCAGCCACACCUACCUCCACGGCGUGUUUCGAGCAGCACCUGAGGAGGCCCCUGGUGGAGCCAGGACCAUCGAUUUCUGUCCGUGA